AUGGGGAUCUUCUUCGAUCUUAGCCGAGCAUUCGAAACUAUAAACCCACAUUAUUUAGGUGAGAAACUUUUUAAAAUGGGCAUCAGGGGAUCACUAAACCAAUGGUUCAAGUCAUAUGUGAGUAAUAGAAAAGUGGUAGUCAAAGUAAAUGACCACAUAUCAGAUCCAUUUGAUGUGGACUUGGGAACACCGCAAGGGGGAGUACUUUUGGACCACUGCUGUUUUUAUUAUACAUCCCAGUUACCAACCGCGACCCCCUCUGCCCCGCCGAAGGCUACCACGGCCUGCAGCCAGCAGCUGCGUGCAGCCGCAGCUUCGUCAGGUGCCGCAGAUCGCUCAGCUUCAGAGGCACCAUGGAGGGGUACCUAUACCAGUGCCCGGAGGGCUUCGCGUACUGGCAGGUCAGCAGGCGGUGCGAGAGAACCGCCAAACUGCUGGACUGCCAACAGUACGAUUUGCCCCAGUCCAAUUGGUCGGUGCCAGUAGAUACUAUGAAUGUUUCGUACAGGAGACGGAAAAAUCUCUAAUUGAGAAUAAAUUCUAUCGAUUUGAGAAUAAUCAAAUCCCAAUUACAAAUAAUCGCAUUCGAAAUGUGAAUAAUCAAAUCUCAACUGACGAUGAACGCAUUCAAAUUAGGAAUAAACAAAUUGUUAAUGAGCACAAUCAAAUUCAGAAUGAACACAAUAAAACAUAUUCGAUUUGAUGGCACUUCUCGAAUUUGCUGUCAAAAAUAAGAAUUCAAUAUUUGAAAUCAGAAAAGCACAUUGAAAUGGUGCAUGGACACAUUCAUAGUGAGAUUAAUUCAAUAGAAAAAAUGAAACUUCGUACAUACAGGGUCUCAUAAUUGAUCUGUCUCGCAAUCUUCCAAUGAUAAGACAUUCCUUGGUGCUUGGUGCGAUCCAGAAGAUUUCAAAAAUUGACCAAUUUCAAGCCGAUAUUCUGAGUGUCCAAAGUUCUUUGGUUCCCAUAUUUUGAAUUUGUUGAUUACUGUGACAGUGCUUUAUUUUCAAUUGAGUAUUGAUUCUCCUCUUUACUGUUAUUUAUUUAAGAUCGAUUGGAAUCUCAAGUUGAAUGUGUAUUUGUGUAGAUCAAUUUGAAUCUGUUCAUUCGUAUCUUGAAGAUGCUUAUUCCCAAUUUGAAGCUGAAAUGAUUGUUUCAUAGAAUAUGAUGAAUUAUCAAGUGGCUCUCUUCAAUUGAAAGCUGCCUAGACUGAAAACAUUAUAUAACACGUUGUGUGAUCAAACUUCUUCAAAAUCUAUACUUCUAGAAGUGUAAUUUCAUGGAUUUUGGAAGAUUGGUACACAUUCACUUCUGAUUAUUUUCUUUCUCCAUGGAAAUGUCGAAUUUGAAUAUUUUGCAGACUGAUUUUUUCCUCUGAACUAACGUUUAGUUCAUUGUAAAAAUUAGCGGUAUAUGAGCUGACGAAAUGCUCUUUAUACCGCUUGGGUAUUUUGGUUUUGGUUUAUUUAUUUUAUAUUUAUUUUUCAUUAUUCAAAUUCUGUACUUUCUGUGUUGAUUGAAUCAACUUCAUAUAAUAUGGGCGUCAUUCAUAGUUUUAGAAAUUCGAUAUCAAAUUGCCAUUAUAAAUAUAAUUACCUACUAGUAAUAGGAUAAUGUAAUGACUAAGUAAUAAAGUGAUUGAAGAAAUCUAAAAUGACAUU